UAUCAGUCUGCCGCACCCAAGCCUCGAGAAAACUUUACUUUCCUCUCCGCUGCGCACGAAAGAAAAUGGCCUCCAACGCCCUCGCCCCCGUCAUGUUCCAGCUGCAGGAGAGUAUUCGCAACUUCGACCUCAGGAACUUCAUCAACAACGACCUCAGCAACUGGCUCGGCAAGAUGGACUUCAAGACGGUGGGCCUCGUGGCUCUGGCUGCGUUGGUCGUCCUUCUGGUCCUGGACCUGUUCACCAAGGGCCCCACCCCCUUCGGCAGGAGCCUGGUGUCCUCUGCGGCCAACGCCUGGGACAGCGUAGGCAAGACGGGGCUCAGUCAGUCCCUCCGCGGCAGCCGGUCGCUGGAGCCCGUGGUGACCAUCCUAGACGCUCUGGCGGAGGCGGCGAAGAAGUGGAGGCGCCGGAGGACAGACUGGUCAGAAUCGAGCCUUCUGAGACGCCAAGAAGUUGAUACUGGAUUAGCAUUUUGA